AGUAGUGCCAACAUAACGACUAAUUUCUUGAAGUGAAGGUGAAGAAUUGUGGAAUGUGAAUUGAAAACAAAUUCCUCUGCCCCCUCCGAAAGACUAGGAAAAAUAAUUUUAACUUUAAAAAAAUAAUUAUCAAAAUAACCAAACAUGGUCCGCCGACAGCGUGAUCAGAGCACCACAGAGGAUGAAAUCGUAAUUGACACACCGCCGCUGAAAAAACAUAAAAGGCAUAAGCACAAAAAGCAUAAGAAGAGAAAAGUAGAAAAUGAAUACGAAAGCGAAUCGUCUAUUGACGUAUCGUACGAAGACGUGCUUGAUAAGCCUUAUAAAAUUAAGGUGAAGGGACGCGACGUCCCGGGCACAUCCGCAGCAGAUCUUCUCAAAGCACAAACGAUGAAGUCGUCAUCUGACUCGCGGAGGUCCAUACCUGGCUCGUCGUCAAGCACUCCACCGAAAGCGUCAUCAUCUAAGAAAAAGAAGAAGGGACGAGACAGUGGCACCUCUAGUGAAGAGGAACGAUGGCUUGAUGCUAUAAAAUCCGGAAAACUAGAAGAAGUUGAUGAGGAGCUCAAAAAAAUAAAGCCUAAAGACCCAAAAAUGAUGACAGCAAGACAGCGAGCCAUGUAUGAGCGAGGCACAGAUAAAGAGACCAGUCCUGGUGGGGAAGUACUUCUUGCACUCCCAUCAGGUUACAAAGAAAAGGUCAUGACAGAAGAAGCAAUACAGAAAGCUGCUUUGAAGUCACAGAAACGAAAGCAGCUGGCUGACGAAAAGAGGGAGAAGGAUAAGAAGAAAACAAUGGACAGACUUCUUAAAAAGCAGGAAUCAAAACUAAAGAACAUGUCUAAAGGCAAACCUAUCAGAAAAAUAGAACCAAUGAUUGUUUACAAAAACAAUACUAAUGAGAUCUCACUGUCAUUACCCCCUGGUGUACCAUUCCCAUUGGAAAGGAAAAUGCCCAUUGACCCACCAAAACCUGUGAAGUGUGGUGUGGAUGGGUGCAACAAUUUAAAAAAAUACAAUUGCUCUAAAACAGGAAUUCCUUUAUGCAGUUUAGAAUGCUAUAAAAGAAACUUGAUAUCAACACAGACUAUUUAAAUAGAAUAAGGCUAUGUAUGAUUAUACAUGUUCAAACUAA